AUGAAUAAUGGAUGCGAGUGGUGGGUGCAGGGCGCAGCCGGGCCGGCGGCGGCGGCUCCUGCUGACUCCGGCAAAUCACCUUACAUAAGUCGAGCACCGCGCCGCGCCGGCUGCCGGCGGGGAGCCGGGUCCGGGUGCCGGGAGCCGCGCCGCAGCGCGGCACUUAGCGUGUGUACCGCGGCCGCCGCGCGUGUGCGCCGCGCGCCGCCGAGCGCUCGUCCACGGUCGCGUCGCCCGCCGCGCGACGUGUGCGCUCGGCUUAACAAGCCUAAUGCCCUCACUGCCGGCUCUAAGCCCAGCUCAUUGUCAAUUGACAAGGCCGGCGCAGCUGACAGACACGGCGCCGGCGGGCGCCGCGGCGCGGGGCGAGGCGCGGAGCUUCACGCACAAUUAAAAAGCCCAGUGAGGCGGGUUAAUGGGAGGCUUUUAUCCUUGCGCUACAAAAGCCCGCGGCCAGAUCCUGGUCAGAUAGUGUGGGCAUUAGGGCAGGUGACAAUGAGCGCCGCGCAGAUACCACCGAGCCUCAGCAGCAUGCGGUGGGCGCGCGCGCUGGUGGUGCUGGCGGCGCUGGCGAGCGCGGGCGCGGGCCCGGGCCCGCCGCGCCUGCGCUGGGCGCACGCGCUGUACAACGUGAGCGUGGCCGAGAACUCGCCGCCGCGGGCCCGCGCCGCGCCGCCGCCCGCCGCGCCGCCGCCCGGCCUGCCGCUGCCGCACCCCGACGCGCGCGUGCGCUUCCGCAUCCGCCACGGCGAUAAGGACAAGUUCUUCAAGGCCGAGGAGCGCACCGUCGGCGACUUCUGCUUCCUGACGAUCCGCACGCGCGCCGGCCACGCCGACGUGCUGAACCGCGAGCGCCGCGACUCGUACCGGCUCGACGUGCGGGCCACGGCGCAGCUGCCGGACGGCGUGACCCUCGAGGCCGACACGGUCGUGCUCGUCACCGUCACCGACGUCAACGACCUCAGCCCGCUCUUCUACCCGACCGAGUACGAGGUGACCGUGCCGGAGGACGUCACCGUGCACUCGAGCGUCGCGCGCGUCACCGCCGAGGACGCGGACCUCGGCAUCAACGGGGAGAUCUACUACAGCCUCGCGGAGCCCACGGAGCAGUUCGCGGUGCACCCGACGAGCGGAGUGCUGACGCUGACGCGCGCGCUGCGGGCCGCGGAGCGCGCGCGGCUGGAGCUGCACGUGCUGGCGCGCGACCGCGCCUCGCUGCUGGCGCGCGGGGACGCGGCGCCGGCCGCGCGCGCCACGCUCGUGGUGCACGUGGCGCAGGCCAACCUGCACGCGCCGGAGCUGCGCGUGCGCCGCCUGCCGGAGCUCGUGGAGAACUCCACCGCCGAGAUCUACGCUAUUGUGGAGGUGAAGGACCGUGACGCCGGCGAACACGGUCGUAUCGCAAGUCUCGAGAUAGUCGACGGAGAUCCCGAUGGUCAUUUUCGGGUGAGACCGUCCGCGCAACCCGGUGAAUACGAUGUGGUCGUGCACGCCUUGCUGGACCGCGAGACCGCCCCGCACGGGUACAACCUGACCCUCCGCGCGCAGGACGCCGGCUUUCCCCCUCGCGCGUCUUAUCUAUCGCUCCCCGUCACCCUCACCGACGCCAACGACAAUGCCCCGGUGUUCAGCCGCGAAGUAUACGAAGCCACCACCCCCGAGACGGCGCCGCCCGGCACUCCCAUUAUACGGCUGAAGGUGACGGAUCGCGAUGAAGGGCGUAACGCGCGCGUCUAUAUCGAAAUAGUCGGCGGCAACGAAGGUGGGGAGUUCAUCGUGAAUCCCGACACGGGAGUGCUCUACACGGCUGUGCCGCUUGACGCAGAGUUGAAAUCACUCUACACGCUCACUGUGUCCGCUAUAGACCAAGGAAACGCUGGAACGCGCCAGCAAUCAUCCGCCAAAGUGAAGAUCACAGUGUUAGACGCCAACGAUAAUGACCCGGUGUUCACCAAGGACGAGGCGGAGGUGAUGGUGGAGGAGAACGGCCCAAGCGGCGCCGUGGUGGCGCGUGUGGCGGCGCGGGACGCCGACUCCGGGGAGAACGCUUACAUCUCAUACAGCAUCGCCAACCUGCAACCGGUGCCCUUCGACGUGGACCACUUUUCAGGAGCCGUACGGACGACACGGCUGCUCGACUACGAGAGCAUGCGACGGGAAUAUGUUCUAAGAAUUCGUGCAAGCGAUUGGGGUCUACCGUACCGGCGGCAGGCUGAAAUGCGUCUCACGGUGCGUCUUCAAGAUGUCAACGACAACAGACCACAGUUCGAGCGCGUCGAAUGCGUCGGUUAUCUUCCGCGUCGACUGGCGAUCGGCUCCGAGAUCACCACCCUCUCCGCGUUGGACUUCGAUGCGGGCGACGUCGUCUCGUACCGCGUCGUCGGCGGCAACGAAGACAACUGCUUCUCUCUCGACACCGGCACCGGCGUCGUGAGCCUGGCUUGUGAUUUGAACGACAUACGUACCGAGACGCGCGUGCUCAACGUGACAGCGACAGACGGCACGCACUUCGCCGACCCGACGUCACUGACGCUGCACCUGGUGGGCGGCGGCGGCGGCGGGGAGGGCGCGCUGGAGUGCCGCGACGCGGGCGUGGCGCGCCGCCUCACCGAGCUGCUGGCCGCCGCUGAGCGCAGCAACGCGCCGCUCGACCUCGCCGACGAGUUCCCGCUCGCACCCUCCCGCUACGGCGAGAAUCUACACUCUCCCGAAUUUAUCGAUUUUCCGGUCGAAGUCAAAGUUAACGAGUCUGUCGCGCUCGGAACAUCCUUGGUGAAGCUGCGGGCUCGAGAUCGAGACCUCGGCUACAACGGCUUACUCGUGUUCGCCAUAUCAGGCGGCGACCCGGAUUCGGCCUUCCGCAUCGACCCCGACAAUGGUGAACUGAAAGUGAUUGGGUAUCUGGACCGCGAGCGCGAGAGCGAGUACUACCUGAACGUGACGGUGUACGACCUGGGCACGCCGCAGCGGUCAUCGUCGCGGCUGUUGCCCGUCACCGUGCUCGACGUCAACGACAACAAGCCUCGCUUCGAAAAGACUCUGGCGAGCUUCCGAGUGACAGAGAAUGCGAUAAACGGCACCGCAAUAUUCCGCGCGAACGCGACUGAUCGCGACGCUGGAGAUUUCGCUCGCAUCACGUACAGCCUGAGCGGCGGCGACGGCGAGUUCUGUGUGGGGCGCGACACGGGCGUGCUGUCCGUGUGCGCGGCGCUGGACCGCGAGCGACGCGCGCUGUACGAGCUGAGCGUCCGCGCCACGGACGGCGGCGGGCUGCGCGCGGACGCGCUGGUGCGCGUGGCCGUGGACGACGUCAACGACAACGCGCCGCACUUCGGCCUGCCCGCCUACAGCGCGCGCGUGCGCGAGGACGUGCCCGCGGGCACGCUGGUCGCCGUGCUGGAGGCAUUCGACCCUGACCUGGGCGCGGGCGGCGACGUCACGUACUCGCUGCCCGACCAGGCGCCGGAAGAUGCAGUGUUCACCGUGGACAAGACGUCGGGCACGCUGCGGACUGCUAAACCAUUGGACUUUGAAGAGAGACAGGUAUACGGCGUAACGGUCCGCGCCACGGACGGCGGGCGGCCCGCGCUGUGGGCGGAGGCGACGGUGAUCGUGGAAGUCGUGGACGUGGACGAGAACGCCCACGCGCCCACGUUCGCCGACCCCGUGGUGCUGACGGGCCGCGUGCGCGAGGACGCGCCGCGCGGCACCGUGGUGCUGGAAGCCGCGGCCACGGACGCCGACCCGCCCGGGAGGGACUCCCGCCUCGCCUACUACAUCCUCGGCGGCUCGGGCAUGGCGCACUUCUCUAUCGACGAUGCUGGUGUGAUCCGGACGCUGACGCCGCUGGACCGGGAGUCGGUGCCGCACUACUGGCUCACGGUAGCCGCCGAAGACCACGGCCUGGUGCCGAGGUACACUACUGUACAGGUGUACAUAGACGUGGAGGACGUGAACGACAUGGCUCCGUGGCCGGAGCGCGCGGCGUACGCGGCGUCCGUGACGGAGCACGCGGCGGCGGGCGCGCGGGUCGCCACCGUCACGUGCGUAGACGCAGACGCCGCGCCCGUGCCCCCCAACAUCACGUACUCCAUCGUCGCCGGGAACCCGGACGGGUUGUUUUCCAUUGAUGAAACUACUGGCGAGAUAGUGUGCACGGGCCGCGCGCUGGACCGCGAGUCGGCGCCGGCGCACGCGCUGGAGGUGCGCUGCUGGGACGGCGCGCUGGCCAGCACGGCGCGCGUGUCGGUGGCGGUGCUGGACGUCAACGACCACGCGCCCGCCUUCACGGAGCGCUUCUACGAGCUGCGCGUGCCCGGCGCCGAGCCCGGCACCGCGCCGCCGCACCUCGACUCCAUACAGGGCGACGGAGCGGAGGAAGCGGAGGAGAGCAGCACGGAGUGGGAGGGGGAGGAGGAGGACGCGGGCCGCGCCGCCUGGGACACCAUGGACGUGGGGCAGCCGCAGGGGAUCUACCUCGCCACGGUGGUGGCGCUGGACCCGGACCUGGGCGAGAACGGCACGGUGCGGUACAGCGCGCGUGCGCGCGGCGCGGCGCGGGCGCUGCUGCGCGUGCACGCGCUCACGGGCCGCCUGUACGCCGCGCCCGCGCUGCGGCGCCAGCCCGGGGACGCCUACGACGUCACCGUGCGAGCAUGCGACGGCGGGCCGAAGCCCCGCUGCGGCGUCACCCGCGCCUCCAUCCGCUGCCUCCCGGCGGGCGGGGGCGCUCCGCCCCGCGUGCCCGCGGUGCCGCCGCUGCAGGUGGCCGAGCUGGAUGCACCGCCCUUCCUGCUGGCCGUGCUGCAGGCGCAGGACCCCGACGACGACCCGCUCUACUACAGCAUCGUCGGAGGAGACGAGCGGCAAGAGUUCUACAUCGGGCGGUCUGACGGCAGCCUGAUGCUGGCGCGGCGGCUGCUGUGGGAGCGCCAGCCGCGCUACCAGCUCAACAUCUCCGUCAGCGACGGCGCCCACACUGUCACCACGCUGGUGAAUAUAACAGUGAUAAACGACGCGAACGAGGCGGGAGUGUCAUUCUCUCGUGAGGAGUAUAUAGUAGAGGCGGAAGAGUCGGUGCGCGUGGGCGAGGCGCUUGCUGCGCUGCAGGCGCACGGCGCCACGCGACUCCUGUAUGGCAUCCACGCUGCACGUGCCCCGGCGUCACUCGAGCUGUUCCGGCUGCAUGAGCUCACCGGGGUAUUAGAGCUCGCGCAGCCGCUUGACAGGGAAAGCUGCGCGCUGCACGAGCUGACGGUGUGGGCGCGCGACCAGGCGCCGCGCGCGGCGCGGGCGCUGGCGCGCGUGGCGGUGCGCGUGCACGGCGCCGACGAGCACGCGCCCGCCUGGGGCCGGCGCCUGGCCGAGGCGCGCGUGGCCCGCCAGGCGGCGCCCGGCACGCUCGUGGCCGCCUUGCGGGCCGCCGACCCCGACGCGGGCGACGCCGCCUCCAUCGUGUACUCGCUGGCCGGGGGAGACUCCGCGGGGCUGUUCGAGAUAGAGCCGGCGCUGGGCGAGGUGCGGCUGUCGCGGGCGCUGCCGGCGCGCGGGCCGCGCGACUACACGCUGACGGUGCGCGCGGCCGGCGCCGCGCCCGCCGCGCGCGCCGCCUCGCUGCCGCUGCACGUCACCGUCGUGGACCCGGACCCUCUGCCGCCCAGGUUCACGCAUACACAAGUGAUAGCAUCAGUGUACGAAAACGAACCAGCUGGUACGGCCGCAGGCGCAGUCGAGGCGCGAGGCGGCGCGGGAGUGUGGUACUGGCUGGAGGGCGCGCGCGGUCGCUUCCGGCUCAACCCCGCCGCCGGGGCCCUGGCCACCGCCGCGCCGCUCGACUACGAGGAACAGAACCUGUACAACCUUACAGUCACCGCAAUGAGUAUGGGCGGCGGCAUGGCAACCGCGAACAUAAUAGUGCACGUGCUGGACCGCAACGAGUACCCUCCCGUGCUGCGCCGCUCCUCGUACCGCGGCCGCAUAUCUGAAGCCGCGAGUGUCGGCGCGCUGGUGACUGCGGUAGACUCGGACGAGCCGGGCGCCCCACUGGUCCUCGAGGCGGAUGAUAAGGACUCUCCAGAUAAUCAGCAGAGGGCCUAUGAGAUCCUGGAGCCCGAAGCCGCGUCCAAGUUUAGAGUAGAUCCAACUACCGGCGCGCUGCGGCUCGCCUCGCCGCUCGACUAUGAAGAAGCUACUGUGCACGAGUUUACUGUCAAGGUGGUAGACAUGGGCAGCCCGCGUCUGCCCUCGGAGAGCUCAGCGCGGGUGACGGUGGAGGUGCUGGACGUGAACGACUGCCCACCCCGGUUCGCCGCCGCGUCGAUGGAGGCCACGCUGCUGCUGCCCACGGCGCGCGGCGUGGCCGUGCUGGCGCUGCCCGCCACCGACCCCGACCUGCCGCGCGGCGCCGCCAUCAAGUACGACAUCAUCGAGGGAGACCCGGACGGCGCAUUCGGCAUGACGUUGGACGGCACGCUGGAGACGCGGCGCGCGGAGGGGCUGGCGGACACGUACCGGCUGCGCGUGCGCGCGUCCGACGGCCAGUACGCGGGCACGGUGCGCGUGCGCGUGCGCGUGCGCGGCGCCGACAACGCGGGGCUCGCCUUCCACAAGGCCGACUACUACGGCUCCGUGCUCGAGAACUCCACCAAGCCCGCCACCAUCGCCGUGCUCAACGUGCUGGGGGCGGCCCUCAAUGAGCACAUCGAGUUCCGGAUUCUAAACCCGGUUGAAGGUUUUGAGGUGGGCGUAACAUCAGGCGCGGUCCGCAGCACGGGCGUGGCGUUAGACCGCGAGGCGCGCGACUCGUACACGCUGCUGGUGCAGGCGCGGGGCGGGGCGGGCGGCGGGGCGGAGGGGGGGCGCGUGGCGCACGCGCGGCUGCACGUGGCGGUCACGGACGUCAACGACAACUGCCCGCUGUUCGUGGAGCGGCCCUACGUGGCGGCGGUGCUGGCGGGGGCGGAGCCCGGCACUCCGGUCAUACGCGUGCAAGCCAUCGAUGCUGACGCCAACGAUAACGGCGAGGUCCGGUACGAGAUGAAGCGCGGUCACGGCGAGUUGUUCCGUGUGGACCGCCGCAGCGGACAGAUCUCACUGAAACAGACGCUAGACGCGCACAACCAGCUUUACACCCUCGUCAUUGCCGCUUUCGAUGGAGGCGUGCCGGCGUGCGGCGCGGAGGCGGGCGUGGGCGUGCGCGUGUGGGGCGGCGGCGCGGCGCCGCGCUGGGAGCGCGCGCACGUGGCGCUGGCGGCGCGCGAGGACGUGGCGCCCGGCCAGCCGCUGGCCGCGCUGCGGGCGCUGUCGCCGCUGCAGCGCCAGCUCAUCUACACGCUGGUGGACGCCGACCCGCCCACCGCCGACCUCUUCGAGAUACACUUCGACACCGCACCCGACAGAGGCAAUAGUCCAUGCGCGGUGGUGGCGCGUUCGCCGCUGGACUACGAGGCGGCGCACACGCACGCGCUGACCGUGCGCGCCACGGACGGCGUGACGGGCGCGUACGCCGACGCCAGCGUCACGCUGCAGCUCACCGACGUCAACGACUGCGCGCCCGACCUGGACCGCGACCUCUACCGCGCCGCCGUCAGCGAGGCCGCCGCGCUGGGGGACCUGGUGCUCGUUGUUCACGCUACUGACAACGAUACUGGAGCGAACGGCGAGGUGAUGUACUCACUGUCACGCGCGGCGGGCGGCGACAACGAGUCGCUGGCCUUGUUCAGCAUCGACCCUGAGUCCGGCGCGGUCCGUGUGGCGGCGCCGCUGGACGCCGAGCUGCGCAGUCAGCACCAUCUCAUCGUCACUGCCGCAGACAAGGGACGACCGUCACUCCACACUACCGCGCAUCUCUUCAUUACUGUGGACGAUGUGAACGACAGCGAGCCGCGGCUGGAGCGCGCGGUAGUGUCGGCACUGGUGUCAGUAGAGGCGGCGCGCGGCACGGCCGUGGCGCGGGUGGCGGCCUGGGACCCCGACGCCAGGGACGCGGGCAGGCUGAGGCUCGCACUAGCCGGCGCAGCCCCAGAACGGGCUGCAUUCCACGUCGAUCCGCAAAGCGGGCUGCUGACGCUGGGCGACGAGGCGGCGUGGGCGGCGCUGGGCGGCGCGGGCGCGCGCUCGCUCAACGUGUCGGUGACGGACGGCGCGCACGCCGCCUUCGCGCGCGUCAAGCUGCAGGCCGCGCCCGCCAACCGCGCGGCGCCGCACUUCCCGCACCUCGUGCACGAGGCGCGCGCCCAAGACAACCAGCCGCCGCCCGUGCUGCUCACCACCGUAAAAGCGUACGACGAUGACAUCGGCGAAUACGGCACGAUAACGUAUUCGAUUCCAUCGGCGAAGCUCCGCGAGACAUUCGCUAUCGACUCGACGUCGGGAGCUCUGACGAGCCGCGUGGUGCUGGACCGCGAGGCGCGCGCCGAGUGGGAGGUGGGCGUGACGGCGAGCGACGGCGGCGGGCUGCUGCGGCACACGGUGGUGCGCGUGCGCGUGCAGGACGCCAACGACAACGCGCCCGCCUUCCCGCUCGCCGAGUACCGUGCGGCCGUGCGGGCCGACCGCGCGCCGCUCGCGCCCUUCCUGACGCUCGCGGCCAGGGACGCCGACACGGGGGAAAACGCUCGACUCACGUACUCCAUAUACGAAGGCGAUGUCAAGUCCGAUGCGACCGGCCUGUUCCAUGUCGAUCCGCAUUCCGGUGCGCUGUCGUUUGCACGGAAUGCUUCGCAAUUCGCGUCCCGCGCCGUGCAGGUGUGGGUCCGCGCCCGCGACCCGGGCGGGCUGGCGGGCGAGGCCCCGGUGUCCGUGUUCGUGCUGGGCGCAGCCGACGCCGCGCCGCGGGUGGCGCCGCCGCCGCCCUCCGUGUUCCUGCCCGAGGACGCUACCCCCGGCACGCUCAUAGUGGAACUACGCGCCGAUCCCCCCAUUCCCAACUACCGCCUCGCACCUGGACUCUGGCCGAGAGAACUCUUUGCUAUCGAUUCCGCUGGAAGAUUAGUGUUAGCUGGACAACUUGAUCGGGAAACUGCGCAGGAACAUGUUAUAGGUAUAAUAGCAGAGGGCUCAGGCAGCCCUGCACCGGCUACACUGCUGCAGACGAGGCUACACGUGCUGGACGUGAAUGAGCACGCGCCCGCCUUCCACUCGGCGCCGUACGUGGUGCACGUGUCCGAGAGCACACCGCCGCACACCAGCCUCGUGCAGCUGAUGGCGGACGACCCGGACGCGGGGUCCAACGGCGAGGUCCGCUUCUCUCUCGCGGACGAGGCAGACUCCGCCCUGUUUGCCGUGGACCCGUACUCCGGCUGGGUCACGACCCUGGCCACGUUGGACCGCGAGGCGCGCCCCGAGCACCGCGUGCCAGUGUUGGCGCAUGAUAAUGGAGUCACUCGUCGCACGGCGCGUGGCACGCUCGUCGUCAGACUCGUCGACUACAACGACUGCCCGCCUGUGUUCAAACAAGACCUUUACAGUGCUGAUGUACUGGAAGACGCAGCCCCUGGCACAGUGGUGACCCGCCUCGAGGUAGACGACGCGGACACCACAGGCUCCCCACUAACAUUCCUGGUGGCCGGCGGCGACCCGCGCGCACGGUUCCAACUCCGCGCCACCGGGGAGCUGUUGGUUGCGCGUGCGCUGGACCGAGAGACAGAGGACUUCUACUCGCUCAGUAUAGCAGCUACAGAUGGGAAGUUUACUGCCUAUACUACUGUGAAUAUUACCGUGCUCGACGUCAAUGACAACCCGCCGUACUGCGUGCGGCACCGCUACCGCGCGCGGCUGUCGGAGGCGGCGGCGCCGGGCACGCGCGUGGCGGCGCUGCUCACGGCCGACGCCGACCUGCCCUCCAGCCCCGGCCCCGCGCACCACCUGUCCGGGGAACACCACCAUCACUUCCACAUACAUAAGGACACCGGUGUGAUAACAGUGGCGAUGCCGCUGGACCGCGAGACUGUCAGCUCGUACAAACUAGAGGCGCAUGCGCGUGACCGCGACCGACCGGAGUGGGGUUGCAGCUCCGAGCUUCUGGUGACGCUGGAUGACGUCAACGACAACUCGCCGCGCUUCUCCGCCGACGAGUAUAGCGUGACGUUACCCGAAGACGCCGACCUUGGCACACUCGUCGCGAAGGUGCACGCAACAGACGCAGACCUCGGCGAGAACCGUCUUGUGCGGUACUCGUGGGUGGAGGACAACGCGAGCGGCGCAUUCGAGCUGUCGCCCGAUAGCGGCAUCAUCACACUACGAACCGCGUUGGACCGCGAGCAGCAGGCGGAGCACAGACUAGUUGUGCGUGCGAGAGACGCGGGCCGGCCGCCGCGCUCCGCCACCGCCACCGUGCGGCUCAGCGUUGCCGACGUCAACGACAACCCGCCAGAGUUCGAGUUCAGGGCAUAUCGCGCCACUGUUCCCGAGCUUGACGCUGUAGGCACAGAGAUCCUUAGAGUACGAGCGACUUCUCGAGAUACAGGUGUCAACGCAGACGUUUACUAUUCUCUGGUCGGCGGAGACGAUCGCGAUGACUUUACCAUCGACCGCGGCACCGGCGCGCUGUCCAUAGCUCGGCCGCUCGACUACGAGCGACGACGAGAGUACUUCCUCACCGUGCAGGCGAUCGACGGCGGCUCCCCGCCGCUCAGCGACCUGGCCACCGUCAACGUCACCGUGGAGGACAGCAACGACAACGCGCCCGUGUUCACGCAGGCCUCGUACGGCGCUCGGGUGCGCGAAGACGCGGCGGCCGGCACGCGCAUGCUGCAAGUGAUCGCCGAUGAUGCCGACGCCGGGGUCAACGGCCGCGUCACAUACUCCAUCGCGCGCGGCGACCCCGACACGCGCUUCGCGAUCGACGCCGACACCGGCUACGUGUCCGUGGUGCGCCCGCUCGACAGGGAAACCACGCCAGCCUACGUGCUCGAAGUGCGAGCCCGCGACCGCGGUAUACCUUCUCUGGAAGCCACGGCGUUAGUGAAUGUAGAAGUCGUCGACGCGAACGACAAUCCACCUCUCUUCUCACAAUCUAACUACUCCGCCGUAGUUCGCGAAGAUCGGCCGCUCGGACACACUAUCCUUAAGUUCGAAGUGGAGGACGCCGAUGCUCCACCUAAUUCGGCUCCUUAUACGUUCGACUUCCAGUCCGGCAACGAGAUGGGCGCGUUCCGCCUCGAGCAGGACGGCUACCUACGAUCGGCGACUCGCUUCAACCACCGCAUCAGAGACCGCUACGUCCUGCAGAUCCGUGUGUUCGACAAUGGAACACCACCGCUCUUCUCGGACGCUUGGGUGCACAUUCGAGUAGUGGAGGAGUCGCAGUAUCCCCCGGUGGUGACUCCCCUGGAAGUGACCGUCAACUCGUACCUGGACGAGUUCCCGGGCGGAGUGGUGGGCAAGGUGUUCGCAUCUGAUCGCGAUGCAUAUGACGUGCUGACAUACGCGCUCGCUCCUGUCGCCGGCGCACCGUACGCGCCAACGGAUCUGUUCGAGAUCGAUUCGACAGACGGCACGCUUCGAGCCGCACCGCGCCUGGACGUCGGCGAUUACAGACUCAACGUAACGGUAGACGACGGCAAAUUCACCGGCUUCGCCAUCGUGCGAGUGACCGUAGUACUGAUAUCAGACGAGCUGUUAACUCAAGCUAUAGUGGUACGGUUCCGGGAGGUGACCGAUCGAGAUUUCGUACUGAGCCAUCGGAAAGGGUUCCUCCGCGCCGUGGCCGAGGCGACGGACUGCGAGCCCAGCGACGUCGUCAUCAUCGGCGUGCAGCCGUCGGAGGUCGGGAACAUGGUCGACGAUGACACCAUCACUAGGCGGCGAAGACAGGUGGCUCAAGAUUUGGACGUGGCAUUCGCCGUGCGCUCGGGCAACGGCCUACUACCGGCGGAAGCGCUACGCAGACGACUGCACGCACACGUGGAGCGACUAGAAGAACGCACACGACUGGUGGUGGAAGAAUUGGUUCGUGCAGUCUGUGGCGGCUGCGUGCACGGCUCGUGUGUGGAGCGCGUGGUGCUGCGCGGCGGCGCCCGCGUGGUGGCGGCCGACGUGGUGGCGCUGGUGGCGCCAAAGCACGCGCUGCGCGCGCUCUGCGCAUGCGCGCCCGGCCACGCCGGCGUGCGCUGCGACGUGCCGCUCAGCGACUGCAAGCCCGCGCCCGACGGUUCAGAGUCGGCUUGCUGUGACGGACCGGAGUGUCGCACCGCCGGGGUAGUCCAACUAAGCGGCGACGGCUACCUAGUGUACCGCUUAGAACGCGGCGUGGUGGACGGCGCGCGCCUCUUGGAUGACGAGAUCAAUCUGUCACUGCGCUUCCGCACGCGUCACAGCCGCGGGACUUUACUGCACGCUGCGGGACGAGUCGAUUACGCUACUUUGGAACUUAUAGACGGACAGGUCCAGUUCCGCAUGGAGCUGGGGUCGGGCGCGGUGGCGGUGCGCGCGGGCGAGGCGCUGGCGGACGGCGCGUGGCACACGGCGCGGCUGCAGCGGCGCGGCGCCGCCGUGCGCCUCACCGUGGACCGCCGCGCCGCGCGCGCCAUGGCGCCGCCGCCGCACGCGCUGCUGGACGCGCGCCCCGACCGCGUGCUGCUGGGCGCCGUGCUGGCGCGCCACGCACACCCCACGGCACCCGAGCAGGUGACAUACGGCUUCCACGGCUGCCUGGCGGACAUCAAGCUGGGCGGAGUGCCGCUGCCGCUGGAGGAGGGCGGCACGGCGCAGGACGGGCGCGCGCAGCUGGUGCGGCGCGUGCGCGCGCGGCUGGGCGCGGCGUGCGCGCCGCUGGCGCCCGCCGGCGCGUGCGGCGCCGCGCCCUGCCAGCACGGCGGCACGUGCCGGGACCUGCCGCUGCCCGCGCUGCUCGAGGGCGAGGCCGACGACGGCUACACGUGCGCGUGCCACGCCCGGUUCCUGGGCCGCCAUUGUGAGAUCGACACGGACCCGUGCGCGUCGGGCCCGUGCCUGCACGGCGGCGUGUGCUCGGCCGACGGCGCGGGCGGGUUCCAGUGCGCCUGCGCGGCGGGGCUGAGCGGCGCGCGCUGCGAGCGCGGCCGCUGGUGCGCGCCCGGCGUGUGCGCACACCAGGGCGCCUGCGAGGAGGGCGAGUGGGGGCCCUCGUGCCGCUGCCGCGGCUAUUUCGGUCCGCGUUGCCAGUUCGACGUGGACGAGUGUGCGGGCGAGCCGUGCCUCAACGGCGCCACCUGCCUCAACGAGCCCGGCUCCUUCCGCUGCUUGUGUCCGCCUGAUAAGACCGGCAUGAACUGCGGCAACCCGCUGUACUCGGACGCGGUGGUGGCGGGCGAGGCGGCGGGCGCGCGCGCCGUGGGCGAGCUGUGGCGCUGGGCGCUGGCGGCGCGCUGGCCGCUGGGCGCCUUGGCGGGCGCGGCGCUGGCGCUGCUGCUGGCGGCGCUGCUGCCCGUGUGUCUGCGCCGGCGCCGCGCCGCCCGCGCGCGCCGCGCCGCCAAGGACGAGCCGCUCAACAGCCACGCGCCCGACAAGCUGGCUGCGGGGCGCCCGCGCGUCUCCAAGCUGUCUAACCUGGAAGCGGAGCGCCGCGAGCGGCCAGCAUCGUGCGGCGGGCCGGGCUCCGCCCCCGAGCCUCCGCCGCUCAACAACAUGGACACUCUUCGCUCGUACGGAUCCGCCGGAGACGAAUUGGAGGGCAUCCCGCCGGACUACCUGCGCAACCUCAACCUCGACACGGACCGCAAGCCCUGGUCAGAGCAGAUGCACCUGCACACCUUCGUCGACAACAAGAUCUAUAACGACCUGAAGGGCUGCAAGGCGCGCCGCGCGGUGUCCCCGGGAGCAGCGCGUCGAGCCGUGGAGGCCGCGCCCGGCUGCGGCAGCCCGCACCUGGUGGGCGGCUACCACUGGGACUGCUCCGACUGGUGCGGCGGGCCCGCGCUGCCCGGCAUCAGCGAGGUGGCGGGGUCGGAGCGGCCCGACUCGUCGUCCCCCCCGCCGCCGUCGCCGCCGCGCCGCGCCGAGCCCCGCCGCCCGCGCCCGCGCGCCGCCCCGCGCCCGCCGCCCGACACCGACUCCGCGCCCGACGACCUCGACCACGACCGCGACACCGACCCGCCGAGGUUCCCUGACGCGUCGUCGUAUUUGCUGCACCCGGACGAGUACCUACCACGCGCCGCGUCCGACAGCGAGCAGUUGCGCGCGCGCAACGUGCGGGAACCCGACGCCGCCAGCCUCAUCACCAUGCUCGAGGAGCGCAACUCGCUCCUGGGCGGCGGGUCCGGGGACACGUGCAGCGAGCUGUCGGCGCACCUGUGCGAGAUCGAGGACUCGGACUCGGACACGGCGCCGGCGCCGGCGCAGCAGCCGGGCGCGGCGCGCCACACGGACGUGUGACGCCGGCGCGCGGCGCCGCCGCCGCCCCGCCCCGCAGCCCCGCGCGGCCUCUAGCGCACGACUGACUACUGUACAUACACAUAUUUUUAAGUACCUCAUACUUCCCCGCUCCGUCGACCGCUUCCCGUUCACUCGGGUGCCGCCUGCCGAUAUUAUAGAAAAAAGUAUGAGACGUUGUGAAUGAAUCGAUCGAUAUUGAUGAGCGUCGACGGGCGUGUGGUAGGAAACAAAUUAUUCCGCGGAGGCAGCUGUCCGCCUGUAAAUAGUACGUAAGUAAGCUGAGCGAUCCCCGCGAGCGAGCGAGGCAACGAAUGUGAGAAGCGUGACCGCGACACAUACUUGGACUUGAUACGUAUCGAUACAGUUGGUAAUACUAUAUGACCUACCUGUCUAUCUAAAUUUUGUUAGUUUAAUAGGUAUUACCUCCAUCAUAGUCCCAGUACGUAUUCGUUGUAUAGAUUUCAGUGACUGUUGUCGAACCGUUUUGUAGUUGUAUUUUUAUACAUACGUAUAAUUCUAUGGAUGUAAAUGUAUAAGUUGAAUGGUGAGUAUAUUUACCCACUUCGCAUUUCAGGGUCAUUCCGUGUUGGGUCCAAGUGACCGUAGUUCUUUUGAUUGUGCUUGUAUUGUACAGUACUAGUUAAAUUUAAUAUCAGCCUACUUAUGUAUACAGUACGUAAAAUAUAUCUAACUUCCGUUGUGUUUUGUAAAGAAUUUAAAAUAAACAGUAUGUGUAAAUUUAUAAUAUCGUAACGAAAAAAAGAAUAUAAUAAUUGUAACCGUAGUAGAUAGUCGUAAUGCCCUAUUUCACCUCUAUCGUCAGAUUAUUACCAAUGUUAUAAAGUUUAUUUUAUUUGAAAAGUACCUAUCACGCUAUGAACCCAUCUUGCCAAUUAUUUAACGCAGCGGGGUGGAAUAGGUUCUAACGUUUAGUAAAGAUAUUCCUAUAACGAUUGUUACCCAAAAGCAUCACAGAGGAAAAGUAAAGGCUUUUAUUUAAAUUAUAAUAAUGUGAGACGUCCGCACCGAGUGCGUCGUCGUUGUAUAGGGCUGGUUGGAUGUGUGUGGGCUGGUGCAUAGGUCCCGCUCGUUUGGUUGCUCACGUAAUAUACACGUAUAAGUACAUUUUAUGUUGCAACUUGUUGACCAUGUAUUAUCAAAUACGU